GUGUGUGUGUGCACCCACGCGCCAACAUCUCUCUCCUUCCUCCCUCUCUUCUUCCUCCCCUCCCAGAAUCCCCAGAGGUUAGUGAGAGCGACGAGGCCCAGCUCUAUCAGUCCUGGUUCCAUCUGGUUCUAGAGAAGAACCGAUUAGCCCGCUACGAGUCUGAACUCAUGAUCUUUGCUCAGGAGCUUGAACUGGUGGACUCACAAAGCCGAAUGCAGCAAGAUCUACGGCGCAGGAUGGCAAUUGAAGAUACACAAAAGAGUGCCUCUGAGCUGCAGAGGGAGCAGGAGAUCCUGGCAGAUAUCAUGAGGACGGUGGAGAAACGAGACAUGUUGGUGUCUUUACUGGAAGAGCAGAGGCUGAAGGAGAGGGCAGAGGACCGGGACUUGGAGAGCCUGGUGCUGUCCAAGGGCCACGAGUUCCACUGGGCCCAGGUGGAGGACAGCUGGGGGCCGGAGAAGCUGGCCUGAAUGUUGAGAAGAAAAGUACUGUAAGGCACUACAUACAGUGAGAAUGAAGCAUAUUAGUUUGUGUCUAGGUGUUUCACCACUCUAAAAAGGACAGAGAGGCUUCAUCUAGUCUCAUUUUGUGCUGAUAUGAGAAUGGAAAUGGAACUAAACUAAAGAUUCCCUUCACAGCAAUAAGGGCUAAUGACAUCUCUGCCAUUGAGAUGAUUUAACCUCCAGGCUCUGGAGUGUAAUCUGUCAUGGCCCCAGGCCUACACAGCACUGCAACUGGAUGUACAAUAUGUUUAAUCACUACUAACAUAUGACUGCCUUUGUAACAUUUGCUCAAACCUCAGAAACCAAACUGACUGCCCAAUCAACAACUGCUCUUUGUGGUUGCUUGCCUUAAGCGUGGAACUGUUGUGACAGAUGUGUUUUUAAUGGAACACUGGGUAGCCUCACUGGAUAGCACAUGGAAGGACUCAACACUUUCCCUCAAGUAUUAUUGUUUUUGCACAGUAUGGUUUGUUUUAAAAUGUGCUUUAUGUAAUUCACUGUCACUUUGUAGCUAUGUGUGUAAACCCUCCUGUGUGUGUUUUAAUAUUGGUAUUUUUCACUUUGUGCUGAAACACUGUCAAAUUCAAUUAAAUGGUAAUGACUUCUUAUGCAGUCUAUGAUAUAUACCCAUCCAUCGUUAAAUACAGGAGAAAUAGAAUCUUCGCUGCCACAUAUUUGUAGCUAGUUGGUAAGAUGUACCUCUGCCAUGUGGCAAAAAACGUCCAAUUUUACUUCAUUGUGACACAGGUUGCCAGAUAAUUAAACAAUGUAAUCACCGGCAGAAAACUGUAUGCACCAAUUGAAUUGUUCAUGCAUGUUGCACAUCUGACUACAUCCCACUCAGUGAUAUCAAACCUCUUUGUGACCUCACUGAAGUUAUUUUUAAUUCAGAGUGAAUUUACGCUGUAGCUAGUGGCUAACAACUGUAAAUUGAACUGUGAUGCUUUGUUUCGCUGGUUUUCACCAAGUGUAUUGGCUGAUGAAGAUGAAUUAUAUGUUUACAGGAUUUUUGUCCAAGAACAAGGAUCCACAAUUCUCUUUUGGUCCCCGAGCUUUAAAUGUUAUUGUGAAUGUGUUGUUUUAUGCUGCUUCAAUACUUUAAAUUGGAGAAAAAAAUCUUAAAUAAAUGAAUUAAAAAACUCUUACUUAAUACUUUUUUAUUGACUACAUAUAUACAAUUUUAAGAUAAGCACCCUAUUAGCAGGUGUGUCAAGAGACACGUGAAGGGAGCGUCUACAAAGUGCAACACUAAGUAGAGAAUAUAGGAAUAUUCAAUAACUUCAGUGUAGCUCUCUUCAAGACACACUCAGACACUGGUCGGUUCUUUAAAACGGGCGUUUAUUUCUUGAAGUGAGAACUCGUUGGCCGCUUGUCGAGAAAGGAGAUUCAUCUUUAAAGUUCCUUUUCUGAAUAACUUUGUCACGAUGAUAACUUUGUCAAGGACUGCAGCAGAGCUUCAACAAAAGACAUCAACCCACGUUGAGUUGUCCAGUGCAUAAACAAAACAUGCAGUUACAGUACCAGUAGGCACAAGAAACAACGCAUAAAAAAACUAUUAAAUCCUGCCAUAUGUUAACGAUUAUAAUAUUACAUGAAAUAAAGUAUUUAUUUAUUGAAUUUAACUAUGAAAUGUUGUGUUAUUCAUUUUUAAUUAAGGCAACUUUGUUACGUCAUUUACAUUCAGUGUUAACACAAUCACUUCUUAAAUGCAUUUUCCCCUGUUGGCUAACCUACAAAACUCUACUAAAAUGUACUUUUGAAUAAUUCUAGUAUUCUUUUCUUUGGAA